GUCCUUUAACUCUCAACAUUUUUUUGCACCUCGCAACCAAUCACACCGUUGUUGUUGACACUCCGCCACAUUGUCGCAGACUUGCUGCCUGCUUUACGACGAAAUAUUACUACUCUUAAUUAUAUAUUAAACACGCAGUACUUUUAGGUCACAAAAACCGUACGCACUGCCAGCUCAAACGGGUCACGUUAUCUCAGAAUUACAUUCCUCUCCGUUUUUACUCUCCCGUCCCAAUUCAUUCUUACAUAUUUUCGAGUAGUACUAGUUCUUACAGCGGUUCGAGGUUGGGGUUUAACUGGACUGGACGAGGGAAAUAUUACUUAAUUAUUUUCACUUUUAACGGCAUCAAGCACAAACGAAGAGAGUGAUUAGGUUUAGAUAAUUUGACAGUGCUUGAUUAAUAAGUACAUUCUCGUAAAGAUUAGUAUCUUUGACUGUGUUUUUUACAUUUGAUUCGACAAGUAGUUAGUUAGUUAUACAGUUGUGAGGAGGAAGGAAGAACGUUCAUUGUUGUGGGUAUUCUGGAGCUAAUUAUUAUUUAUGUCCACCCUGACUACGACGACGACUACUGUGAGGGGUGUUAGUGUUCCUUCUAUCGUUACACAUUCCAAAUUUAACCCAAGAGUUAAACUGAGCGACGGUCUUCAAAUCGUUGAAGAGUGUAUCAUCAGUCAAGACAUUUUCCAGAAUAUUAAAGACAUUGACGCCCGGUACAAUCCCUUAUCAAUAUUUCGGCAGGCUGGGCUGCGGUUAUCAGCAGAUCCGAGCACUUCUUCUGCAGCUACAUCAGCGGGUAUAAAUAUGAGGGCUGAAUCAGUGGCUGACAAGAGGAAAGAGUCCGCAUCCGAUUGUGGAGAAUCGAGAAGUUGUUGUCAUCAUGAGGGUCUUGAAGGCAGACUCUCUUCAAGUAAUAAACAAUGUGCGAGAGAUCUUCCGGGGACGGAGAAUUUUCGAACUUGUGAUGGAGAUCAUCACUCAGAGUGUUCGAGCCAGGCGGACGAAUGUCAUCACCAUGAAAGUUCUCCGUGUGACUGUUGUGGACACGGUCACAGCCUAACAUCAUUUAUUCGCGGUCCGGAGGACUGUAGGACCUGUCUUCGGCACAUGGGAGGAUCUUUUGUGAGUCCGAAGUAUCCUCAGAUUAGGCAACGCAUGCUGGAGACUCUCAUUAAGCGCCGGGAUCAUAGUGAAGAUAGCUCAGAAAGCCGAAAGUCUCGAGCUGAACCACCGCCAUGUGUUAAAUCUAUUCCGUGUGGGAAGAAAGAGCGUUUAAUCAUUCUCAACCCGGAAAAUCCUAACGACAAUGUUGAUGAUUUGGUUAGGAUGAUUGAAGGUGGUGGCAAGAUGUCAAACGACCCCAGAAAACUGGCGAAGAAAGCACGCCAGAAGGAAAAGAAGAUGCAAGUAAAAUUCGAAGAAGACAUGCGACGAGAGGAAGAAGAAAGGAGAAUUAAGGAAGAGGCCGAGAGACUUUUGCGAGAACAAGAGGAACGUGAGGAGGAGGAACGCCGAAGGUCAGAAGAACAAAAGCGCCAGGCUAGGCGGCAAAAGAAGAAAAACAGGAAGAAGAAGGAGACUGAAAAAGCAGAUUGUGAAUCCUUGCACUCCACAGAAGAUGGUGGUUCGGUUGUUUUGAAAGCUAGCAGUUCAAGCAAGGGCAAGGAUAACUCUUUGGUUUUUUCUGUGAGCAAUACCAACGCCAGCCCGUCUGAAAAUGUUUUGAAAGUAGUUGACACAGUGAAGCCCGCGGAUGAUGUUGCAAGUCCUGAUAAGCCCCGAAUGGUGACUAUUCGACGACAUCCUGCCACUCAGGAUAACCAAAACGUUGUGACCAUCACGCUCAGUGAUGACAAGGAAGGGAAAAGUCCUGUAUACAUGCUCCUUAAUGGUCACCUUGUCUCCACAGAUAAUGCUCCUGAUCCAGGGCAGCCUCAGCUGCAACAACCACCACAACAACGAUGUCUUACUCAAACUGGAGAAGUCACCACUACUGACAAAAAGAAGAAAAAUAAGAAUAAGAAGAAACCACUAAAAAAUGAGACCUAUGCGAAUGAAGAGUCUGUCUCAGAACAUCAUCUGCAACCUCAGAAUCGUAAUAAUGUUACUAAUAAUUCUACAACUGCUCCUCUAUCGGCAGACGUUUAUUCCGUUGAUUUGGGUAAUCUAAGUCUUCCACCAGGAAUCACGAUAACAAAAGUUCCAAAUCGUAGCUCAGAGAAAUAUGGAAGUUACUCUCCUCAAAGAUCUGCUGUACCUCAGGAACAGACCAGUCACUUUCGAGUCCCACAUGAUCAGUUGCAGUACGUGGCAGUUGACGACGAUUUCCUGGGACGAAAGGAAACUGAAGAAUUUGAGGAGGUGAUUAAUAACAAGACGCGACGAAAGCGCAUGAAGGCAGCAAAAACCACAACUGAGCAGCGCGAUGGAUCUGACGGGACGGACACACGCGAGAGUCCAAACAGCGUGAAGCACAUGGUCCGACGAUCCUUUAUCUCCGACGUCAAACUGGCUGAGAAACCUAUUGAAGUUAGUAAAGUCGGGAUUACUGGUGGAAAAUGUUCCAAAGUGUUUUCUUCGUCAAAAAAGCCUAACGGCAAACCGGCAGAAAUUGUACAACCCAAGCCAAGGCGUGAGCAACCUUUUCGACAUGACGGGUUCUCUGCUACGCCCACCCAAGUCCCUGUGAUGCCUCGUCUUUUACGAGCUCAGAUGAAGAAUGGGGAUGGAGUCUCACUUCCGAAUUCUGCAUCAGUGUCAAUAUCGGCAAUCAACCAUCCAUCCCAAUCAUCGAUCGUUGAUUCUUCCGUGUCUGAUGUCAAGCCAACCAUGCGGAUGGAAGCGCCUAUUACUGUUGAAAAAACUUUCGUAACACACCCAGCCCCUUCUCCUCAACUUCAGUAUUUGGGGAACAGAGGUAAUGGAGCUCCAACUACACCAGUGACUAUGACCUCGUGGACUCCUCUAACAGCAACGCCAAUAGGACGAUCAAGCUCGGCUCAGGCUGCUGAAGUUGACAAGUCUUGGAACCCGUGGAAAGACUGGAGUGAUAAUUCUACAAAGGAGCAUCCCUCCUACUCAGUCUUCGGAAAUCAAGGGGAUGUGCUUUACAGGGAUGCCCCUCCAAAGACCUAUGCCUUUCAUGAGUUGGUAAAGCAAUCUAAAAGCCCGAUUCAGCGCCCUGGUCACAAUCUGGAUAUUCACUUGACUCAGCACAACGGAGCUCAUGACAACCGAGCGAGCUAUCACCGAGAUGUUUCAUCAUCAUCAUAUGUAUCAUUCCAACAAUCGCAUCAGUAUGAGAAUGUUUACCAACGGUAUCAGCAACGGCCCGAUCCUCCCUCAUUUUCUCCAAAUACGAACAAUUCAUACGGACCUCUUGCAGCACAUCUGCCGACUGAUACAGAUAAAGGCUCUUGGAAUGCUUUCUCUGGAGUUAACUUGCAAAGUCGUCGUCUGACCAAGGAAGAGUUUGGCAAUCCGAUGCACGGUUCUAUUCAACCCCAUGCAACGUCAGACAUGUCGUCAUGGGAAAUGUUCCCCAAACAGCAGUCCCCGCUGCAAGUCACGACUGAUAGAUUAAACAAUAUGUCUUUAUCGCCAAUGCAAAUGAUGUCUUCUAAUAUGCCACCUGUCCCCUACCGGAUAGGACCGUAUCAACAACACGAACCUACUGAACAAUACCACCCACCAUCGGCUCCUGGCCAAGAGUGGCAGGCACGACCUCCCUCGAGUAAUCAGAAUUUUGGGAAAUCACCCUACGACCUUCCGCAAGAAGACUCGUACAACUGGCAACUUGGCCCGUCUUAUUCCAGAUACACAGGUGGUGGGGCCGUAUAAGAGUCUGAAAUACAUUAUUCCACUUAAAACGAUUCGAUAAUUCUGUCUGUAUGCGAAAAUUCCUGCUGGGACAGGAGGAUGCGAGCAAGCCCUAUGAAGUAUUUAAUAAUAUGAUUAUUUGUUAUAAGUCAGGAAGUCAUUGUUUUGAGCAUACAUGCUCCUCUCUCUCUCUCUCUCUCUCUCUCUCUUUCUCAAUUACCUACGAAUAUUAUGUUUACUAAGAUGAAUUGUACAAAGGAAUGAAAUAGAAAAUAAAGUCGCUCCUCCACAACAA